AUCAUGUCCGCCGACGAACGGGCGCAUUUCCCACACGGCGGAAAGGGCUUGCUCCGCGGGAGCCGCGCCAAGUCCUACGGCAGUUUGGUCCAGUCUUCCGUCUCUCCGGUACGGCAGAGACGGAUUGAACACCAAGUUCAGCCCGGGGAGACGCUGCAAGGUCUGGCCCUCAAAUAUGGAGUGUCUAUGGAGCAAAUCAAGAGAGCGAACAGACUGUACACCAACGACUCCAUAUUCCUGAAGACUUCCCUGUCCAUCCCCAUGCUGUCAGACUGUGCCCCCUGCGGCGACGGGGCGGCUUUAGCCACGGUGGACUCAGCAGAUGCUCAGCUGAUACAAGGCGACGAUAAAAAGGGGGCAGCAGAACUCUCUCCCAUGGAUUUCUUGAAAAAGAUGGACGGUCUGAUAAGCCAGUCCAAGCAAGCAGCUGUGGAGGGAUGCCAGGAAGGAGAGAAAAGGUUUGCUGCGCUUGAAGCGGCUUGCAACAGCAGUAUGCCGGAUCGGCGGCGGCUCACAAGAUCCCAGAGUGCCCUUUCAUCCCCCAGAAUGCAGCAGCAGUCCGCGCUUGUGGCGGUGCCCCUUACUGUCACCAAGUACACCAAGAAGCUUAGGGAGAGCGAGGAUGAUAUUUUUGAGUUGUGAGUUUGAGCUUCCAGUCUCUGGUUCUGUAAGAAACAACACCCUUUUCCUGAUGCGCCAAACUGAAGGGAUUUAACUCCAAAAAACAAAAAAAAUCUGGCAUCUUACACUAAGGGUUUGGUGUUAUUCAACGUUUCCACGGAUUCAGCUGUUGCUCUAUGGACCUGAAAGUUAAAGAAUAUCCAUUCAUGUCAGGUGGUGCAGACCGUAUCGUUCUCCUGUGGACACUUUUCCUGUUUUUACACGCACGCAAUAUGAGUGUAGCACUUUUAAACCAAGUCUGUUCAGUCAUAAUUGAAUCUGAUCUUAUGAUAAUUCACUUGGUCAAUGUAUGUUUAAAGACAAAGUAAGCACUCCUUUUAGCCUGUCUCUGCUUACCCACAUUUUGACAAAGACGAAAAAAGCGGGUGUAGAUACAGAGGGCGGUGAUGGUGGUGUUGUAGUGUAAGAUCUCACCCCAGCAUCUCAGAAGUCUACCCAGGGAGUUUAGUUGUCUGAUGCCGUCAUGUUAACUCUGCUUAUAUUUUAUUGGUCUACUGCACUGGACCCCACCUGUUGCAUUUGUCACAUGGGUCUUUACAUCCUUGAUGCCCCCAUAUGAAGUAGGCAAUUUAGAGGGGAUUGAUCCUCUUGUGUGUUUUCCCCUGGAUGUAUGAAAAAAGUAUAGGUUUUCUCUCAAAGGGGCUGUGUUAUUUCUCUCUUUAUAGCACUGUCUUUCUUGUAGCUAUGUACUUCAUACCUGCACUUAACUGUAAUAUUACUAGCACCACAUUGCCAUGCACAGGGCUUCACAUGUUACAUUUGGUGAGUUGUCGCACUGCAGAUUUAGCCAAAGCAAAAAAACAAAAAAAGAAAAAAAAAGAAGAAGAAACACCUUUUAAAGAAUAUAUUGUAGUCUUUUAUGUUUGUUUUAGUCAUAUUUAUAUAUUUUUUAGCUUCGUUUUUUCAAAUUAUUGGGCUCAAAUAAAUAUGUGGU